AUGGUGGCAAUGGCAACGUCGUCGUGGUUGCUGCUUAUCGGCCUCGCCGCCGCCGCCGGGGUCCUUCAAGCUCGUGCACAGCCAGACAGCAUCGGUUUCAUCAGCAUAGACUGUGGCCUGUCCGGGACGGCGAGCUACGUGGACGACACCACCAAGCUGUCGUACGUCCCGGACGCCGGCUUCAUCGACGGCGACGCCGGGUCCAACCGCAACAUCUCGGCCGAGUACAUGACGCCGAUGCUCUCGAAGCGCUACCUGAACGUGUGCUUGGUCGACACCGGCUCCGGGGCGCCGUUCAUCUCUUCGCUGGACCUUCGGCCGCUCAAGAGCACGCUCUACCCGCAGGCCAACGCGACGCAGGGCCUGGUCCUCGUCGCCAGGCUGAACUUCAGGUGGUCCACCGACGACACGGCGCUCGUCAGAGGGUGCACGAACAUCGACAACGCCAUGUUCGAGGCGCCGUCGAAGGUGAUGCAGACGGCGAUCACUCCGCGCAACGGGUCCAGCAUCCAUAUGUACUGGUCCUCCGAUCCGCAGCCCAAGGACCCGACGCCGGGGUACAUCGUCAUCAUGUACUUCUCGGAGCUGCAGCGCCUUCCCAGCAACGCCGUGCGCCAGUUCUACAUCAACCUCAACGGCAAGCCGUGGGCGGGGCGCGCCCGGUACAACAUCUCCAUCAACGCCACCGCCAACUCCACGCUGCCGCCGAUCAUCAACGCCAUCGAGGUGUUCUCCGUCAUCUCCACUACCAACGUUGGCACGGACUCCUCGGACGUAUCUGCCAUCACCGCGAUCAUGGCCAAGUAUCGCGUGCAAAAAAACUGGAUGGGUGACCCAUGUGUCCCGAAGACUUAUGUGUGGGACGGCUUGACUUGCAAAUACUAUGCCGUAUCAAGUCCUCCAAGAAUCACCGGCGUAAACCUAUCCUUCACUGGUCUGGAGGGUGACCUAUCAUCUUCUUUCGCAAAUCUGAAUGACGUCCAAUAUCUGGAUCUGUCACACAACAACUUGACCGGCUCAAUUCCUGAUGCCUUUUCACAGUUACCUUCACUAACAGUCCUAAAUUUGACAGGCAACCAGCUGAGUGGAUCAAUUCCCCUUGGAAUUCUCAAAAGAGUUCAAGAUGGCUCCCUAAUUCUUCGAUAUGACGACAAUCCAAACCUUUGCACCAACGCUGAAUCGUGUCAGCCGCCGGCAAAAGGGAAGAGCAGGCUGGUCGUCUACGUUGCCAUCCCUCUAGUCCUGGUCCUGGUGACAGCAUCAGUGGUAGCACUACUCUUUUGCUUCCUGAGACGGAAAAAGCAAGGAUCCACGACGGCAAACAUCGUAAAGCCUCAAAACGAGGCGCCGAUGAGCCAUGCACCAGCGGCACUGUCAUCUGGCGACGCGUACGCGCAGAGUUCGCUGCACCUUGAGAACCGCCGGUUCACGUACAAGGAGCUGGAGAUGAUCACAAACAACUUCCAGCGCGUGCUCGGCCGAGGAGGCUUUGGGAAAGUCUACGAUGGCUUCUUGGAGGAUGGCACUCAGGUGGCGGUCAAGCUGCGGUCUCAGUCUUCCAACCAGGGUGCAAAGGAGUUCCUCUUAGAGGCUCAGAUCUUAACACGGAUUCAUCAUAAGAAUCUCGUUUCCAUGAUCGGUUACUGCAAGGAUGGGCAGUACAUGGCACUUGUCUACGAGUACAUGUCAGAAGGCAGCCUGCAAGAGCAGAUUGCAGGAAAUGGUCGCAACGGAACAUGCAUAACCUGGUGGCAGAGGCUUCGAAUUGCAUUGGACUCAGCUCAAGGGUUGGAGUAUAUGCAUAAGGGCUGCAACCCACCUCUCAUUCAUAGGGAUGUGAAGGCGACUAACAUUCUAUUGAACGCGAAAUUGGAGGCCAAGAUUGCUGAUUUCGGUUUCUCCAAGGUUUUCAAUCUUGACAGUGAAGCUCAUAUAGCCACGAAUAGUCUCGUUGGUACCCUCGGAUAUGUGGAUCCAGAAUACCAAGCAACUAUGCAGCCGACAAACAAGAGCGAUGUUUAUAGCUUUGGCGUUGUUGUGCUAGAGCUGGUCACAGGGAGGCAGCCCAUCCUGUCUGAUCCAGAGCCUACUAGCAUCAUCCAAUGGGUACGGCGGCGCUUGGCACGCGGCAACAUUGAGGAUGUCGUGGACGCACGAAUGCACGGCGAGUACGACGUCAACAGCGUGUGGAAGGCCGCGGACAUCGCUCUCAAGUGCACCUUGCAGGUGUCGGCGCAACGGCCUACGAUGACCGACGUGGUGGCGCAGUUGCAGGAAUGCCUCGAGCUUGAGGAGAGGCGCCGCACCGGGGGUGGUGGCACAAGGGGCAACUUCUAUAGCGGCAGCAGCGGCGACCCCAACUUCGGCUACGACGCGUACGCGACUGAUAGACAGUCGACUGGUGUGACUGUGAGCCAGAUCGGCACUGCAUUCGAGGUGGAGCAUAAUUUUGGAAAGGUGCCAAGAAUGGGCAGAGGCCCCGUUGCACGAUAA